AUGCGACCAUCGACUUCGUCCCUUCCGGUCGGAGAGCAUUCACCCGAUUCAUCUCCACCUCAUCUCCCAGCUAAAAAGCGAAAGAGACCUUCGGCAGCAGUAACAGCAGCCACGGCAUCCGCCUCUCAGCCACCACCUUCACUCGCCAAAGAGCCAUCAAUCCAGAACCUCUUCUCCGCCCAAGCCUCGGCCAGUGCUUCCCAGUCCACCCCGAACGACUCCUCGCCCGACCGCAAGAAACCCAAGACGCAGCCAUCCAAGAUGCAGUCAGAGAUGUAUUCCUUCUCCAGCAAGCUGGCCAGUGGCAAUCCGCAACCUACCAACACCAACCGUCGCCUCUCUGGCAAGCUCAACAGAGGCUUUCAACCAAAGACUGGCACUACAAGACUUGUAGUCAAGACACUGAAGCCCCAGCCGGUCUGGGAUGCAAACAAGUACUUCGAAGAGACAUGGGCACAGCUGGAUCAGGCCUUGAACGUCAUCUUUACGCAAGCUCCUGUCGACUUCUCCAUGGAAGAGCUAUACCGUCGUGUCGAGAAUCUGUGUCGUCAGAAAAGAGCAGAGGACAUCUACGCUAGACUGAGCACCAGGUGCAAGCAACAUGUGAGGGGGCCCAUGAAAACAUCAUUACUGUCCAAGCAGAGACAGUCCAAUGUUCAAGUCUUGCAUGAUGUUCUCGAUGCCUGGACUGUCUGGAAUCAGCAGAUGCACACUAUACGCUGCAUCUUCUACUACAUGGACCGUUCAUAUCUUCUCCAGACAUCUAGGGGUUCUCUUCAGGAUGUCACCAUCAAGAUCUUCCGCGACAAUAUUUUUGAAGAUGCUACUUUAAAGCCCGGCAUAAUCGAUGGCGCCUGCGACUUAAUCUCUGCCGACAGAUCUGGCAAGGACUUGGACAAGAGCCGCCUCAGACAGGCCAUUUCCAUGUUCCACGACCUCGCUACCUAUUCUACUUCAUUCGAACCUCGCAUGCUCGCCUUUGCUCAACAGUACGUCGUGCAAUGGGCAGAUGAGAAGAGUGCCGAGCAAUCACUUCCUGAAUAUGUUAAUGACGCUGCCAACUUCAUGACCAAGGAGAUUGAUCGUUGUGAAUUCUUCGGCUUGGAUCAAAGUACUCGACGGGAUCUUCUGGCUCUGCUCGAAGAACACAUCAUUGAGAACAAAGUCGACUAUCUGACGAAUCAAGACAGUGUUGCGGAUCUGCUGGAUGAUUACGCUACCAAGGAUUUGGAACAACUCUACGCAUUGCUGCAAAGGCGACGACUUGGUUCAAAGAUCCGACCCGCAUUUGAGCGCUGGGUUGAUGACACAGGUACACAGAUUGUCUUUGACGACAAGAACGAUACACAGAUGGUUGUACGCUUGCUAUCACUGAAGACCCGCCUGGACAACAUCUGGCGCACUUCAUUCCACCGUAGUGAGGAACUUGGACAUGCCUUGCGCGAAUCCUUUGAGACUUUUAUCAACAAGACCAAGAAAUCUGCUGCGACGCAUGGUACAGACAAUUCUAAGACUGGAGAAAUGAUUGCCAAGUAUGUUGAUCAACUGCUGCGUGGAGGUGCCAAGGCCAUACCUACAGAUCUUACUCUACAUGCCCGCGACAAUGCUGGAAAGGAAGAGUAUGACGAGAACGAGGCUAUGGACGAGGACAGUGAAGUCAAUGCACAACUCGAUCAGGUCCUGGACCUGUUCAGAUUCGUCCACGGCAAGGCGGUCUUUGAAGCGUUCUACAAGAAGGAUCUUGCACGUCGUCUACUCAUGGGUCGUUCCGCCAGUGCAGACGCUGAGCGAAGUAUGCUCGCCCGUCUCAAGACUGAAUGUGGUGCGGAGUUUACCCACAACUUAGAGCAAAUGUUCAAGGAUGUCGAACUGGCGCGUGAGGAGAUGUCUUCCUACAAAUCACGGAUGGAAGAGCGGGAAGAGAGACCAAAGGUCGAUCUCAACGUCAACGUACUUUCGCAAGCAGCAUGGCCGACUUAUCCAGUCGUUCCUGUCAUGAUUCCUGCAGAUAUUCAGCAGGCUAUCGAUGAGUAUGAACGCCACUACAAGUCCAAGCAUAGUGGUCGCAAACUCGACUGGAAGCACUCACUGGCGCACUGUCAGAUGAAGGCCAAGUUCUCCAAGGGUACCAAGGAGUUGGUAGUGUCGUCCUUCCAAGCCAUCAUAUUGUUACUUUUCAACAAUGUUGAGCCAUCCGAACACCUGACAUAUGAUUUCAUCAAGUCAGAAUCAGGACUUCCAGAGGCAGAAGUAAACCGGACUCUUCAAUCGUUGGCUUGUGCAAAACUCCGUCCUCUGCAAAAGCAUCCCAAAGGCAGAGAGAUCUCGACUACCGAUACGUUCACUGUUGACCCAACCUUCUGGCACGACAAGUACCGCGUCAAGAUCAACCAAGUGCAACUCAAGGAGACGAAGGAAGAAAACAAAGAGACACAUGAACGUGUGCAAGAGGACAGAAACUUUGAAUGCCAGGCUGCCGUCGUCAGAGUCAUGAAGGCGAGAAAGACGAUUGGACAUUCGGAGUUGAUUGCAGAAGUCAUCAAGGCGACGAGGAGUAGAGGAGUGUUGGAUGUCAAGGACAUCAAGAAGAACAUCGACAGGCUCAUCGAGAAGGAUUACAUGGAACGCGAGGAGGGCAACAUGUACAGCUACAUUGCGUAG